AUGAAUUCGACAUCAACACAAUUUGUGCCUGCAAGGCGGAUGGGCAUAUACGAGCCUAUUCAUCAAAUGGGGAUGUGGAGUGAUUUCAAAGGCAAAACUUAUCUGGAUGAAUCUUCUGUACAGUUGAUUCUUGAUAUUGAUGCUAAACACGACAACCAGUCGGAGGAUACUUCACAUGGAACAGUUGGACCUUUCAAUAAAUACGACCAAGAAGCAAGUAAGCCUGAUAAGGUUCUGAGACGCUUGGCACAGAACCGUGAGGCGGCUCGCAAAAGUCGUCUGCGGAAGAAGGCCUAUGUUCAGCAGUUAGAAAAUAGUAAAUUGAGACUUUUUCAGUUAGAGCAAGAGCUUCAACAAGCCAAGAAACAGGGUUUGUACAUUGGUGGCACUUUAGAUGCUACUGAGCUAGGAUGUGUAGGAACUACAAAUCCAGCUAUUGCUACAUUCGAAGUGGAGUACGGGCAAUGGGUUGAAGAACUAAAUAGACAAAUAUCCGGCUUAGGGAAAGCUCUUCAAUCAAACGUUGGGGAUUUGGAACUCCGGUCGCUCGUUGAUGGUGGAAUGAAGCAUUAUUUUGAUCUUUUUGUGAUGAAAUCUACAGCUGCAAAGGCUGACGUGUUUUAUGUUAUGUCGGGCUUGUGGAAAACGCCGACCGAACGGUUUUUCUUAUGGGUCGGAGGCUUUCGGCCUUCUGAAAUUCUAAGGUUGGAAGCCCUCGUGAGGUUUGUGGCUCAGGCAGAUCAUCUCCGGCAAGAAACUCUUCAGCAGCUAUUGCGAAUUCUUACACCUCGGCAAGCAGCUCGGGCCUUCAUCACCUUAGUGGUUGCGGUGGGGCUAUCCGACGGCUUUGGCUGUGUGGAGUGGGAGGCCGUCUGUUCGCGGCUGGCUGCAGAUGGGCUUGGGAGCCAUAGAGGAGUGAGUGGAAGAUGGUGA